AUGGCAUAUCAAGUCAUGAUCACUCCGGAGGGAGAUGCUCCCCAGGCCGAAAAACGUCGUCAUAUAUACCUUCGGCCAUUUAUCCUCUUCUGGAUUGCCACUUUUAUCUUCGAGGUGACGAUGCUUGCAGUGAGCAUCGCUGUGUUCUCUGGACUACGCGACAUGUUCCCGAAAGUGACGUGGACGCUCGUCUUCUGUCCUUUGGGAAUGUCUGGCGCCCUGUCAGGACUUGUCAACUACUUUCUGGUUGACAAUAUCUACGGUAAUAAAGCGGUUCACUUCCUGGCCAUUCUCAGCGUGUUGGUGUUGGGAACAUGCAACAACCUCUGUUACAAUUUGGAUCUGGUGUUUGGCUGGUUUGGAGCCGCCGAAAACUUUUGGUGGUGGCAUGCAAGGUAUCCUUUUAUCUGGGUCGUCGGAUACAUCAACGGGAAGUUGAUGUUCACCGAUGCGGGACAAGAAACGCUUGCUCGAUGGGGGGUGUAA